AUGGGGCGGCGUCCCGGCGGCGGCGGCCGCGGAGGCGGAAGAGGGCGAGGGCGUGAGCGAGAUGAGGAAGAAGAUCUUCCUCUGCACAAGGCCGCAAGGUCUGGUGAUGCGGCAGCGGUGGAGUCGUUGUGCGAGUCCAACCCUCUCGCCGUCAACUCAAGGGACCGCCUCUCACGCACACCGCUCCACUUGGCUGCAUGGGCUGGGCAUGUUGAUGUUGUGAGAUGCCUUUGCAAGCACAAAGCUGAUGUGGGAGCUGCAGCAAUGGACGACACUGCAGCGAUUCAUUUUGCUUCCCAGAAAGGCCAUGUAGAAGUGGCCCGUGAGCUGCUGGCAUCUGGGGCCUCUGUGAAAGCAAAGAAUCGGAAAGGCUUCACGGCGCUGCACUUCGCUGCGCAAAAUUCCCACCUGGAUCUUGUGAAGUACCUUGUGAAGAGAGGCGUUGACGUCGCAGCAAAGACUAAAGGUGGCCAGACAGCUCUACAUGUCGCUGAGGAUGAUGAAGUGCGUGCGUUCCUGAAGGAGUGUGAGCAGUCCAUGAAGAAGGGAGCCGAGCUACCAUCGGAGAAGAAGGAUGAUUCUGCCGAGAAAGAGGGCGACAGGAAGUCUUCAGGUGAGGUUAUGAAAGAUGGGGAGGAUGCAGGGCAGGCCGAGAAGAGGAAAAGUGAAGGGGCUGUUGGUGCGUCGAGUUCGCCGGGACCAAAAAAAGCUAAAGUUUCCCUUGGUCAUCUAGUUAGUGAAAAUGACAUGGACGAGGAAGAGGAGUGA